AUGCCUCCCAAGGCUCGCGUUGCUGCGCCCAAGUCCGACACACUACUUGAGCCAUUUUACUAUGGUAAAGGAUUGACGGAUCCCAUCAACACUGCAAGGGACAAAUGGAAUCUCCUACCAGCUUUCCUCAAAGUCAAGGGUCUGGUGAAACAGCAUAUUGACUCUUACAACUUCUUUGUCGACACCGAGCUGAAGACGAUUCUCCGCGCCAAUGCCACCGUUCACAGUGACGUGGAUCCUAACAUGUUCAUCAGAUACACAGACAUUCGAAUUGGUAAGCCAGAACGUGUCGAAGAUCGUCACAGCACUGUCCCUGGUCUUUCUGGUCCUGGAAUCACGCCUAAUGAAUGUCGUCUUCGCGAUUUGACAUACUCGGCUCCGAUCUACGUCAACUUCGAAUCCAGAUCGCAGAGUGGUCUGAAGAUGGAACGUAACGUCUACAUUGGCAGAAUGCCUGUCAUGCUCCGGAGUAACAAGUGCGUUCUGUCUGGUCGCUCAGAAAAGGAGAUGGGCUUGCUCAACGAGUGCGCCGUUGAUCCUGGUGGUUAUUUCGUGGUCCGUGGUCAAGAAAAGGUCAUUCUGGUCCAGGAACAACUCAGCAAGAACCGUGUCAUUGUGGAAAUGUUCAAGGGAAUCAUUCAGGCUUCUGUCACGAGUCACACUGCCAACGUCAAGACCAAGACUUAUGUUCUGCUCAAAAAGGGAUUGAUUGUUCUCAAGCACAACUCGCUUACUGAGGAUAUCCCUGUCGCAAUCGCUCUCCGAGCCAUGGGUGUCCAAUCAGACCACGAGAUUAUGCUUCUUGUUGCUGGUGACGAUGCUGUAUACCAGGACGAGUUCUCUGUCAACCUCGAAGAAGCCGCGCGUUCGGGAGUCUCGACACAAGAACAGGCUCUGGAGUAUGUUGGAGCUCGUUUACGUCCCGAGAGAUUUGGUCAAUAUGGUGUACCAAAGAAGACUAACAAGCAGAAUGCUGUUGAGAAGCUGUCAAACACUAUCAUUCCUCACGUUGGUGUGACAGCUAUGAACUUCCGACCAAAGGCUCUCUACAUUGCAUUCAUGGUCCGCAGAGUGCUUAUGUGUAUGCACGACCCAAAAUUGAUUGACGACAGAGAUUACCUUGGUAACAAGCGUUUGGAACUGUCAGGAUCGAUGAUGGCUCUACUGUUUGAAGAUUUGUUCAAGGAUUUCAAUAAGCUUAUCAAGCAAAGUUGGGACAAGGUCUUGAGAAAGCCUAACAGAACCAGAGCUUUCAAUCCAGCAGACUACAUCACCAUGCACGAAUCUCGCAUCACACAAGGUCUGGAACGUGCUAUCUCGACUGGUAACUGGACUUUGAAACGUUUUCGUAUGGACAGAGCUGGUGUCACUCAUGUUUUGAGUCGCUUGAGUUUCAUUGCUGCUCUUGGUAUGAUGACCAGAAUUUCGUCUCAAUUCGAGAAGACCAGAAAGGUCUCCGGUCCUCGUGCACUCCAACCAUCCCAAUUUGGCAUGCUUUGUACUUCAGAUACCCCUGAAGGUGAGGCUUGUGGUCUGGUCAAGAAUCUGGCCCUGAUGACACAUAUCACUACUAUGGAUGAAGAGGAUCCUGUUCGCAAGAUGAUUUUCGUGCUCGGUGCUGAGGAUGUAACAUCUGCAAGCGGUACUGAACUCUACGCCGAUGGAGCAUACAUCAUUUUCCUGAACGGUACACCGGUGGCCUUGACUCGCGAACCCAAGCGGUUCCUGAUUGCUUUCCGCAGGUUCCGUCGCAUGGGAAGAAUUUCUGAGUUCGUCAGCAUCUACAUCAACCACCACCAUAAUGGUGUGCACAUUGCAACUGACGAGGGUCGCAUUGUUCGACCUCUCAUCAUUGUCGAGAAGGGCAAGUCCAAGGUCACAACACGCUACCUUGAGUCUCUUCGCAAGGGCACGCUGGAAUUCGAUGACUUCUUGUCUCGAGGACUAGUAGAGUAUCUCGAUGUCAACGAAGAGAACGACUGUAACAUUGCAGUCUACGAACACGAUAUCAACCAACACACUACACAUCUGGAGAUCGAGCCCUUCACCAUUCUGGGUGCUGUCGCUGGUCUCAUUCCUUACCCUCACCACAACCAAUCUCCUCGUAAUACUUAUCAAUGCGCUAUGGGUAAACAAGCCAUUGGUGCUAUUGCUUACAACCAGCUCACUCGUAUCGACACCCUCCUCUACCUCAUGGUUUACCCUCAGAAGCCUAUGGUCAAGAGUAGGACAAUUGAGCUUAUCAAGUACGACAAGCUUCCUGCAGGUCAAAACGCCAUGGUUGCCGUCAUGUCAUACUCUGGUUACGAUAUCGAAGAUGCUCUGGUCCUGAACAAAGCAUCUUGCGAUCGUGGUUUCGGCCGUUGUCAAGUCUUCAAGAAGGUCAGCAUGCCACUCAAGCAAUACCAAAACGGUCAGACGGAUCGCAUUGGCGAUCGCGAUCCUUCCAACCCUCGCCACAAAAAGAUCGGUAACGACGGUCUUGUGGAAGUCGGUGCCGAGAUGGAAGCAGGCGAAUGCUACAUGCUCAAAGAAACACCAGUCAACCAAGGCAUCAACACGCAGAACGCAGGCUGGGCACCCCAACACAUGUCCUACAAACUUCCCGAUCCAGCCUAUGCCGAUAAAGUCAUGAUCAGCGCCAACGAAUCAAACACCCCCAUCAUCAAAAUCCAAACACGCCAGACCCGUCGUCCUGAAAUUGGAGACAAGUUCUCUUCUCGCCAUGGUCAAAAAGGUGUUACUGGGUUGCUUGCCGAACAAACAGAUAUGCCUUUCAACGAUAUGGGUAUCUGUCCAGACAUCAUCAUGAACCCCCACGGUUUUCCUAGUCGUAUGACCGUAGGCAAAAUGCUUGAAUUGCUCUCUGGAAAAGCAGGUAUUUUGCGUGGUGGUCAUGAAUAUGGAACUGCCUUUGGCGGCUCUAAAGUCGAAGACAUGGGCGAUAUCUUGAUUUCCCACGGAUUCAGCUAUUCGGGCAAGGAUCACUUGACUUCAGGUAUUACUGGCGAGUCGCUUCCUGCGUACGUCUUCAUGGGUCCCAUCUACUACCAAAAACUCAAACACAUGGUGCAAGACAAGAUGCACUCUCGCGCCACAGGCCCCCGCGCAAUCCUCACCCGCCAACCUACCGAAGGACGAUCGCGCCAAGGAGGUCUGCGUUUAGGAGAAAUGGAACGCGAUUGCUUGAUUGCAUACGGAGCUUCCCAACUCCUUCUCGAACGCUUGAUGCUUUCGUCUGAUGCGCAUGAAGUCGACGUCUGCGAGACUUGCGGUAUGAUGGGGUACCAGAACUGGUGUCAGAGUUGUGAGAGCAGUAGAGGUGUGGUCAGGAUGACUUUGCCGUAUGCGGCUAAGUUGCUCAUUCAGGAGUUGUUGAGUAUGAAUGUCAAGGCUGCGUUGAAGUUGACGGAUGAGUUUCCUAGAGAGGAGUAG